AUGGAACCUGAUGCAGUAAAUAUUUGUUGCAAUGCAAUAGGUAUACUUUUGGAAAAUGGUAGUAGUGGUCGUAGUGCUCGUAGUGGUCGUAGUAGUCUUAGUGGUCGUCGUGAUCGUGGUGGUGGUCGUCUUCGUAGUCGUCGUGGUUGUGGUGGUGGUCGUCGUCAUGGUUGUGGUGGUAGUCGUCGUCGUAGUCGAUGUGGUUGCUGUAGUAGUAGUCGUCGUCGUAGUGGUAGUAGUUGA